CGCAUACAGAUACAAACAUCGCUCCCCACCUCCUGCUUUACAACUUCAUCGCUGAGCCCGUCAAUGAAAGGUCUAUACACCACCAGUCGCCUCAGUCCUCAAAUAUGCCUGAUAUCAAGCUGUCCUACAUUAUCCUGUUCGAAGACGGUGACACCAGUAGCAUCAACACGAUUCACGUUGAAGACUCAUUGGAUCUCGCGGAAGUUCGUCGCAAGAUCUACGAGGAGGAAUUUCUGCGAGACCGCAGGAUUCCCCUUUCUGAAAUUUCCAUUUACACUCCUGGCCAACUGAACGCUGCUCCAAAUAAUACCCUGGUCGAUCGUGUGAAGACGAGUGUGGAGGGUUCAGACCCCACUUCCCCAUUGGAUGAAGUCAGCUCGAUCUCUUCUAUACUGAACCCACAGGAGAAGUUGGUUCAUCUUGUGCUCGUGGCACGUCCUCCAGCUAUAACGGGGCCUCAACAUGACGCAGGGACGCCUGUUGAGGACCCGGAAGUUGUGAAAUUAUACCGAGAUAUCAUUAUUCAAGUACACAAGUGGGGCGAUUACACGGAAUUAGACGUGGUCCAGAAUGAGAUAAAAGCGAACACAGAAAUCUCAGUUCCAAGAUUUGUUGCGGAGUUUGAAGAGAAGUUGGAUAGCAACCCAGGUGUGGCCCCUGAUAUGCUUGAGGCGUUCAAGGUUAUACUCGGUGAUCAAUACCAAGCUGCGUAUUUCGGGUCUCUUACAAACUCGAACGCUGCGGAGGAGCAAUCCGGGGCGCCGGCCGCCGGUGGUGAGGAGACCGCUGAGGCUGAGGAUGAACAUCAUAACAAUCGGACACAACCAUGGCGCCAAGCCGACCGACUCGAGCUGAUGCAUAUCGCGGACAUUGCAUCCGAUAAUUGGGAAAUGUUUUGGAAGAGACCUCUUGCUUUGAAGGGAGAUAUAGCGCAUGCCAUCUUCUUUCUGAGGCUCAUGCUUCAUAUUCCACAAGGACGGAUUACACCUGUAAGGUAUGUGUGGCCUUGAUUACUUGCGUUCGAUCAUGACUGUCGUUCCUAUAGAAGCAAGUCGCAAAUCACUCUUAUCCUGGAAAUUGCAGGUGGCGAAGGUU